UGGCAGUGACCCUGGACCCAGACACAGCACAUCCCAAACUCAUCCUGUCUGAGGACCGGAGGUGUGUGAGGCUUGGUGACAGAAAGCGGCCUGUGCCUGACAACCCCCAGAGAUUUGAUUUCGUCGUCAGUGUUCUGGGAUCUGAGUACUUCACAACUGGCUGUCACUACUGGGAGGUAUACGUGGGAGAAAAGACCAAAUGGAUUCUUGGGGUGUGUAGUGAGUCUGUGAGCAGGAAGGGGAAAGUCACUGCCUCACCUGCCAAUGGACACUGGCUUGUGCGACAGAGUCGUGGGCAUGAGUAUGAAGCUCUCACGUCCCCACAAACCUCCUUUCGCCUGAAAGAGCCCCCCAAGUGUGUGGGGAUUUUCCUGGACUAUGAAGCAGGAAUCAUCUCCUUUUAUAAUGUGACUGACAAAUCUCACAUCUUUACUUUCACCCACCGUUUCUCUGGCCCUCUUCGCCCUUUCUUUGAACCUUGUCUUCAUGAUGAAGGGAAAAACAUAGCACCUCUGAUUAUCUGUUCAGAACUACAGAAAUCAGAGGAAUCUAUUGUUCCCAAGCCAGAAGGAAAAGGCCACGCUAAUGGAGAUGUGUCCCUGAAAGUGAACCCUUCCUUACUACCCUCUCAGGACCCAGAACUUUUCCCACUCCAGGAUACAAUUGUGUCCUGGCCCUCUGACCUUGUUCCAGCCCUUCAAGGGCUCAAGGCUCCUUCUUUUUAGGUAUGUGCCUCAUGACCUGCUCUCAUGACUGAGAGCAGUUCAGUGCCCUGGAUUUUAUUCCUGCUGGACCAAUACCUGAUUCUGGAAUGUCUUCUUCUUGAUCCAAAUCUAGACCCUUUUCUCCCAGGGCUCAGUUCUGAAUCCUGCCUUUCUUCUAGUGAGUUGAAGUUCCCAUUUCUUGGAAGGAGAAUUCCUAGAAAAAAAAAAUGAACACUCACUUUAGGUUUUAGUGACACUGAAUGUGUGUCACCAAGAUUCAGUGCAAGUUUAAGGAAAGGGUUCUUUACUUGAGGGAAUAGUAGAAGGACUUCUCGCUGCCUCACCCUAUUCAAUGGGUUUUCAGUCAUGAAGUUACAGCUCCCCAGACCCUGACUUCUUAUUCUGUCAAGGAUGGCUCUUCUCUCAUUCUUUCUCAGUUCAGGCCUCUAGCCCCUGAGUCAACUUUUUGUAAAUAAGCAUACUUUAGAUCACAUAUCCUUCUUUCUCUCUUCAGGAAUGGGGACAGAGGGCUAAAACACAUCUUUUUCUAUUUCCUUGAUGCUGUUUACAACAGUUUGGAGACAUCCAAGCUACAUGUUUUCAAAACUUGAUUUACAUGUUGCUGAUAACCAAGUAUCAUAGUCCUGAGAUGCCUCAAGAGCACCCACAGGGAUCUGGGAGGCACAGCUGCAAACAGAGCAGCUCAGCCAUGUGGAACUUUAAACAGAUAGUGGCAGUCUUUGGUCUUUUGAAUACCUUCCCAAGAUUUGGAGAGGCCCAGAGAGAAAAAGUGACUUUCUUUGCCACUCAUGUACAAGCUAUGUUCCUACAAGACCAUUAUACUGGAAGACUUAACUAUUUGUGUAGCAAAUAGACUCUUAGGACUUCCAAGAAGUUGAUAGACUUUUUAUUUGAGAGAUAAGAAGGUGUGAGGAUACAAUAAUGAAUCUGAUUUUGGGGUGUGAAUUGAAGAAAAAAGGUUAGGCACUUUCUUUUUUGUGGUACUGGGGUUUGAACUCAGGGUCUACACUU